AUGGCUUCUGUAACCCAUUCUGUCCUCUUCUCAUGUCUACUUGCAGCAUCUCUGGUCUCAUCCUCACAGGCAUACUCGGGAGGCUACGGCUAUGGUGGUUACGGUUAUGGAUCUAGAUCAUCAGAGAAGAGAGUCAUGAACAAAAUCGACGCUUGUUGGCGCUCCAAUGCGAACUGGGGAUCCAAUCGCCGCGCCCUGGCUGACUGUGCCAUAGGGUUUGGUGAGGAGGCAAUUGGAGGAAAAUAUGGAAAAUUUUACGUAGUUACUUGUUCGGCAGAUGAUCCAAUCAAUCCAAAGCCAGGGACACUUCGUUUUGGUGCAAUCCAAACACAGCCUUUGUGGAUAAUAUUUGCUAGGGAUAUGGUUAUUAAGCUACAAAAUGAGCUUAUAAUGAAUAGUUUCAAGACCAUAGAUGGGAGAGGAGCUCAGGUUGAAAUAGCUUAUGGACUUUGCAUUACAGUGCAAGGUGUGAGCCAUGUUAUAAUACAUGGAAUCAGUUUUCAUGAUUGUACACCUGGGAAGUCUGGUUUGGUCCGUAGCUCUCCGACUCAUGUCGGCCAGCGAAUUGGGUCUCCCGGCGAUGCCAUUCAAGUUUUUGCAUCCUCCAACGUAUGGAUUGAUCACUGCUAUUUCGCACGAUGUGCCGAUGGCCUCACUGAUGUAACCCAUGGGUCUACGGCUAUCACCAUCUCCAACAACUACUUCACCCAACACGAUGAAGUGAUGCUGUUGGGGCACAGUGACACUUUUACAGCGGACAAGAUUAUGAAAGUUACAGUGGCCUUCAAUGUUUUUGGCCCAGGUUGUGUGGAGAGGCUGCCAAGGGUCAGGUUUGGGUAUGCCCAUGUAGUGAAUAAUAGAUAUGAUAAAUGGCUAAUGUAUGCUGUUGGUGGGAGUGCCAAUCCAACAAUCUUUAGCCAAGGAAACUACUAUGUGGCCCCAACAUUGAAUUGCAUAUCACAGGUGACAAAGAGACAGUGUGGAGAAGGGUGGGAGAAUUGGAAAUGGAGGUCUUCUGGGGAUUUAUUUUUUAAUGGAGCUUAUUUUGUUCAGUCUGGAUAUGGUUCAUGUUCACCACUAUAUGACGGCUACCAGUCGUUCACAGCUUCCCCGGCAUUCAUGGUGCCUGACCUAACAGCCGAUGCUGGUGCUCUUGACUGCGUUCGAAGACGACUGUGCUGA